GGAGGAGCUCGCAAGCUCUCUCAGUGCCUUAACAAUGGAGGGAGAGCUACGUGCCGAGAUCGAAGCCGUCCAGUCAGUGUACGGCCCUGAUUGUCUGAUGGUCCAGGAGUUACCCACCUGCAUCACCGUUCACAUAAGGCCUCGAACGGCUGACGAUCUCUCUCAACAGUUUGUAGAGGCUAUACUUUGCAUUCGGGUUAGUGGUCAGUAUCCAUACGAACCACCUACCAUUGAUGUAAUAGAUUCAAAAGGUCUUGAUGAGAAUAGGCGCGCACAUUUAAUUGCAACUGUACAAGAACAGGCAAAUGAGCUCGCAUCAUAUCCAAUGCUUGUAAUGGUUUGUGAGGAAGCAGUGGAGACUUUGUCUAACAUGAACCACCCAGAUGGAAACUGUCCAUUGUGUUUGUAUCCUUUGGUUACUGAAGUUAGAGAAGAACAUUGUGUUCCCUUCAUGAAGCUGAUGUCUUGUUAUCACUGCUUUCACAGGCAAUGCAUUAUUAGGUGGUGGAAGUGGCUGCAAGAGGAAGACAGAACCAGAAUCUUGUCAAGUGACUUCUCACAGACAUCUUCUUCUCUUUCUAUAGAUUUGGAGGGAGAGGGAAAUGCUUCAGGAGAACGCUCAGAACCACUUGCAGCUGAAACUCACAAUGUGGGGAAUUGUCCUGUAUGUCGCAAGGUGAUUCAUGCGAAAGAUAUCGAGCACGUCCUUGACUUGCUUAGACCUGGAUCGUCUCAAUUGCCACCGGAUGAAACCAAUGUCGUCGAAGAGGAGGUCCUCUUAUCUGACAUAGAAACCAUCAAGAGAGAGAAAUUUGAGGCGACGGUGAGAGUCCAGCGGGAGAAUGGGGGCCUCAUCGAACCCAAAAAGAUUGAUGUUUUGCAGCCUGGUAUUUUUCUGCCUGAAACGACCAACUUAAACAGCUCAAGAACGGGAUUGAGCGAUCAAAAAGUGGAAGCAAGCAACUUUCUUACUAGGUCAGGUGACGAUUCUAACACACCUGGCUCUAGUAUGGCUGGUGGAUCAGUGGAAAAUGUGAAUUCCAGUCAGAGAAGGAAGGGUAGAGAUCAAAAAGCCCGGGUAUCAGGUGACAAGCCUGAUGGGCCUGGCGCAAAUGUGGAUGGUGGGUUCAUGGAAAAUGUGAAUUCUAGCGAGAGAAGGAAGAAUAGAGCUCAAAUAGUCGCGCUUACAAGGGACGAGCUUAAUGGGGAUUCAUGAAUACUGCAAAGUCCGGCGAGAGAAAGAACAGAGCUCAUAGAGCCCAAAAGUCGAGCCCGAAGAUGAAUGGAAGACAGUGGAUAAGAAACGAAUUGAAUUCCGUUGAUUGAAAGUAUUCACGAUCCUUGUGGAUCGACAUUUUUGCAUAAGCUUCAACUAUUGGUAUAAGCUUUUGAUGUCAUCAGAUGUGUUUUGAUGGACUGUCGGGAUUGUGGACAGAGAUUGCUUCUGUGAAUCUCAACCACUGAAUAUUAGAAUUAAUAUGGCUGGUCAUAUAUAAACAGGUUGUUCAUACUUACUGUUUUGCAAAAAA